CACACAAGACGCGCGCCCUGACUGCCAACACGCACUCCCGACGCCCGUUCUCCUUUUGGCACCUCGGGAAUGCGGCGGCGGUGGUGUCGGACAGGGCGGUGUGGCUCCCAGCGGGGGGAGAGGAGGAGAGACCGGCGCUGAGACGCGCGUCCGGAAGUCCUCCGCUUACCCGUUUUGAGGGGUCCCGGCCGGCCGCCGCGAGCGGCCGCGCGCUUCGGCCAUGGCCGAGAGGGAGUCCGGUGGGACGGCCAGUCCGGUGGUGCGUCAAAUCGACAAGCAGUUUUUGGUGUGCAGCAUCUGUCUGGAUCGCUACCGCAAGCCCAAAGUGUUGCCCUGCCUGCACACCUUCUGCGAAAGCUGCCUGCAGAACUACAUUCCGGCCGAGUCUCUGACGCUGUCGUGCCCGGUGUGUCGGCAGACGUCCAUCUUGCCGGAGAAAGGCGUCUGCGCGCUGCAGAACAACUUCUUCAUCAGCAACCUGAUGGAGGUCCUGCAAGGAGAAGCCGAGUGUCGGAGACCCGAGGCCCGCGGCGUCCUGGAGUCCAUCAGCGCGGCGGCGGGGAAACCGCUCGGCUGCCCCAACCACGAGGAGGAGGUGAUGGAGUUCUACUGCGAUUCGUGCGAGACGGCCAUGUGUCUGGAGUGCACGGAAGGCGAGCAUCGCAAGCACGUCACGGUGCCGUUGCGCGACGUCGUGGAGCAGCACAAGGCGGCGCUCAGGACGCAGCUGGACGCCAUCCGCGGCAGGUUGCCCCAGCUCACGGCGGCCGUCGAGCUGGUGACCGACAUCUCCCGCCAGCUGAGCGAGCGCAAGAAGCAAGCGGUGGCGGAGAUAAGCGGCGCCUUCCAGGAACUGGAGCGAGCCUUGGAGCAACGCAAGGCGACGCUAGUGGCCGACCUGGAGAACAUCUGCGGCGCCAAGCAGCAGGUUCUCCAGGCCCAGUUGGCGGCCCUCCUCCAAGGCAGGGAUCACAUCCAGAGCGGCUGCGACUUCACCGAGCAAGCGCUGGUCCACGGGAGCGCCGCCGAGGUUCUGCUGGUCCGGAAGCAAAUGAGCGAGCGCAUGACGGCGCUGGCGAGACACGACUUCCCGGAGAGACCUCAUCAGAACGCGCACCUGGACUGGCAGGUGGAAACCGAAAGCCUGCGCCGGUCCAUCCAGAAUCUCGGCGUUCUGCUGACCACGCCCGCCGUGGCGCACACCUCAGCGGCCGCGGGCGAGGGUCUACGUCUGGCCACCACUGGCCAGCGCCACGCCAUCACGGUCACCACCAAAGAUAAAGACAGCGAGCUGGUGAGGACAGGAAACGCGCGAUUGGAAGCCGAGAUCACGUCGGCGGCGGACGGCAGCCGCGGCGCCGACGCGGAGGUGACGGACAACAAGAACGGCACCUACGAGGUGGGCUACACGCUGCGCAACCAAGGCGAGUACGCCUUGGCGCUCAGCCUGUACGGACAGCCCCUGCGCGGCAGCCCCUUCCACCUGCGCGCCCUCAAGCCCCGCGACGUGCCGCCUUCGCCCGACGACGUCAAACGCCGCCUCAAGUCGCCCGGCGGCGCCGGCGGGCACGUCCGCCAGAAGGCGGCCAGGCGGCCCUCCGGCAUGCGCGCCGCCGCCAAGAAGAAGGACAACCCCAUCGAUGACGAGCUCAUCUACAGAGUCGGAUGUCGCGGCCGCGAGCGAGGCGAGUUCACCAACCUGCAGGGCAUCUCGGCCUCCGCCGACGGCCGAGUGGUGGCGGCCGACAGCAACAAUCAGUGUAUCCAGAUCUUCUCCAACGACGGCCAGUUCAAGAUGCGCUUCGGUGUCCGCGGCCGCUCGCCGGGACAACUGCAGCGGCCCACCGGCGUCGACGUGGACUCCAACGGCGACAUCGUGGUGGCCGAUUACGACAAUCGCUGCGUCAGCAUCUUCUCGCCUGACGGAAAGUUCAAGAACAAGAUCGGCUCCGGCCGUCUGCUGGGCCCGAAGGGCGUGGCCGUGGACAGGAACGGGCACAUCAUCGCCGCGGACAACAAAGCCUGCUGCGUCUUCAUUUUCCAGGCCAACGGCAAACUGGUCACCAAGUUCGGCGGGCGCGGCGUCGCCGACAGACAAUUUGCAGCAGAUAAACCGCUUCCAAACGUUAAUAAGUCGGGCUCGGUGUUCAGUCCGCACUUUGUGGCCGUCAACAGCAAGAACGAAAUCGUGGUCACCGACUUCCACAACCACUCGGUCAAGGUGUACAGCGCCGACGGCGAAUUCCUCUUCAAGUUCGGCUCUCGCGGCGAAGGCAACGGGCAAUUCAACGCGCCUACCGGCGUGGCCGUCGACGCCAACGGCAACAUCAUCGUCGCCGACUGGGGGAACAGCAGGAUACAGGUUUUCGACAGCGCGGGCUCCUUCCUGUCUUACGUCAACACGUCGGGCGACCCGCUUUACGGCCCGCAAGGUCUGGCGCUGACUUCGGACGGAAACGUGGCCGUGGCCGACUCGGGAAACCACUGCUUCAAGGUCUACCGCUACCUGCAGUAGCAUCUCGGCAUCGCGGGAACCCACCCCAAGCCGAUUGCUCUCUUAUGUCAAAAGCUCCAAACUCACUCUUCAAAUCUUAACGAGGUGAAAUCAAGCGCUUGAAGCUAAAGGAACUUUUUUGUUGUUGUUUUUUUUGUACAAUUUUGUCCAAAUACCCCAACUGCUCCUGCCAAAACAUUUCUUGCACCAACACUGUGAAUCAUGUCAGAGAUGAAUAUCUGCCUGCUGUAAACGUUUCAUUCUGUUUCUUUUUGUGUUUCUGCGUCAAUGAAACAGCAGACGACAAAUAAAGUUUCCUUGUAGAUAUGAAAAACGA